AUGGAGCCAUCAAUAUGGGAAGUUGAUACGCUUAGCGCUCCUUUGGCGCUCCCAGGUUUCAGGUUCCAGCCGACGGAUCAGGAGCUCAUCGUUCAUUACCUUCGGGAGAAAGUUUCUGCCUCCUGCUCGAGUUCUGCUCUCUGUGUUAUUGCUGAUGUUGAUAUCUAUAAGCACGAUCCUUGGGAACUUCCCGGCAAGGCAGUGUUUGGGGAGGAUGAGUGGUUCUUCUUCAGCCCCCGGAACCGAAAGUACCCAAAUGGAGCACGGCCAAACAGGGCUGCAGCAUCAGGCUACUGGAAAGCUACUGGAAUAGAUAAACCAAUACUCAAUUCUAACGGGUCCCAGUGCCUUGGAGUGAAAAAAGCGCUCGUGUUUUACCGUGGCCGGCCUCCAAAGGGAUCGAAAACGGAUUGGAUGAUGCACGAGUACCGGCUCAUUGACGAUCAUCAUCUCCAAUAUUCCCGCAGGCUUCGGGGAUCUAUGCUCUUGGACGAUUGGGUCUUAUGUCGAGUCCGUCGAAAGGCCAGCAACAGCAGAAACGGUAUCAAUUCAUCGUCGGUUCACCAGUUCACUUCUAAUGGGUCCAUACAAGGUCAAGAUCAAAUCUCAAUCACAGAGAACUUUUCUUCUUCCAUAAUCUCCAACGAUCAGCUACAAUUUGGGCAAUCUCCGGAGCUCUCCACUUCACAAAUAAACUCGACUUUUGACGCAGCUCUCGAGUCCAUCUGGAACAUACUCUCCAUCGGAGCUCUUGAUGAGCUGGUCCCAGUGUCACCCUAGAGGAAGCUUUGUUUUGCCACAGGGAAUUUCAGCACAACAAAUAACAACGAGGCUUUUCCAUGAAGGGUCAUGAUCAUCCUCUGCUUCGACCUCAACAACAUAGAUCGUGCCCAACUGUUGUACGUAAUAUUAUAUAUUCAAGAUCGUGUAUAUAUGUGUAUAUGGCGUGUCAUAAAUAAGUGCAUCAUUCUCUGUGUGAUGAAUAAUGAAAGCCGACUGUGAUUGUUUAUGAAAUAGUGAA